AUGCCCUCACCCUCGCAGGCACCACCACCGCCUCUCCCAUCCUUCAUAUGGCACCUCGCGGACCUGUACAACGCGUACAUCCUCCCCCUCCUCCCGGACCCGCUGCAGUCGCUGUCCAACAACAUCUCCCCGCUGGUCAUGUCUGCCGUCUCCGCCGCCUCCAACGGCGACAUGGUGUCGCUGGCCGCGUUCCUCCUCACGGUGUACCUCUCGCUCAAGAUCGCAGACUACAUCCGCCGCUCGGUGAUCGGGUGGGCGAUUCUCGUCAUAAAACUCGCGCUGGUCCUCGUUCUCAUCAACUGCGCAUUCUACGUCAACCGCUACGGCUGGUACAAGGCCCUGGCCGACGCGCAGUGGCUGGUCGCCCUGGUCUGGGGCUUCGUCGAGGACAGGGUCAUGAACACCGCCGCCAGCGACGGCUCGGACAACGGCACCGGCUGGUCCGCGUAUAGAUACGGCAAUGGAGCAGCGCGGCACGGGAGUCAGAAUCAGAAUGCUGCCUGGGGAGCUACGUACGGUGGUGGGAGGCAGCAGGUCCCCGUUGCGGCCGCGAGAGGCAGGUCAAAGGGCAAGACUGGGUACGGGUGGACGUGA